AUGGAAGAGAGCAACGCAAGGAGCAAGUUCAAGAGGAUUUGUGUGUUCUGUGGAAGCAACUCUGGCCGCAGAAAAGUAUUCAGUGAUGCUGCUCUUGAGUUGGGCAAUGAACUGGUCAAGAGGAAGAUAGAUUUGGUGUAUGGUGGGGGGAGUGUCGGGUUGAUGGGUUUAAUAUCCCAGACAGUGUACGAUGGAGGUUGCCAUGUUCUUGGGGUCAUUCCAAAAGCUCUCAUGCCUCUUGAGAUAUCUGGUCCAACUGUUGGAGAAGUAAGAACAGUUACAGACAUGCACGAGCGUAAGGCUUCUAUGGCUCAAGAAGCUGAUGCCUUUAUUGCUCUUCCUGGAGGAUAUGGAACUAUGGAAGAGCUGUUGGAGAUAAUAACAUGGGCCCAACUUGGGAUUCAUAUGAAGCCGGUUGGUUUGCUUAAUGUUGAUGGGUACUAUAAUUCCUUGCUGGCACUAUUUGACAAUGGUGUUGAAGAAGGUUUCAUCAAGCCAUGUGCUCGGCAUAUAGUUGUCUCUGCUCCAACAGCCGAAGAACUUGUUGUGAAGAUGGAGCAAUACACUCCUUCCCAUGAACAUGUUGCUUCUCAUGAAAGCUGGCAAAUGGAGCAACUUGAUAACUCUCAAGCCAAGAAAACGCAAGGUGAAGCUGUUAUUGGUGAUAGUGCCAGGGGAGAUGGUCCUACAAUACAGAGGCUUCAUUGGAUUCGGUAG